CGGCAUUACAUUUUGUUGCAAUUUUUGUAUAAAAGUUGAGCUGAAGAAACUUUUAAAUAUGUUAGUCUACAAGCACCGUAUUAUGCUUUACAACACUGCCGGCAGCUGAUUUAGCGUCCUCUGACAUUAUCUCUGACCGUGUUUAUUUUCGACUGUCAUUGUUCGGCGGAUUUUUUGCAAUUCCAUUUACCUUAAUAUUUAAAAUUCAUUUAUUUCCUACACAAAUUAUUCAAAAAUGGCAUCAUCUUUUGAGACACGUACAUUUGUAAACGGUGGUAUGCUACGGAAAUUCAAUGGCCAAAAUGUGAGCAUAUUCCUGCGCAUCGAAGAGGAAGCCGGCACAAAUCUUGUAGGAUUGUCAACGGACAAACAAAAGGUUCGUGUAAAGCUGCAAGAUUCAACGGGUGGACGUAGCGGCAGCUGGGUGGAAAUCAUUGGCAAGCCAAUGGGUAGUGAUGUUAUCGAAGCCAAAGAGUCCAUAUUAUUUGCUGAAGAUGAGCCGGGCCUCGAUGAAGACGCCUACAAUAUGAUGGUCGAGUUUUUGAACAACUGCAAGGAGCUUUACAGAAGCGGUUAAAUCCCUUAAAUAUAAAGAUCUUGUUAUAUGCAGUUAUUUGGAAUCGAAAAUAUAAGUUUGAUGCGUUAAUCAGAAAUGGUAUUUAUUCGAAAAUAAUGCCUUGAUGAAUUGUAUUUAUAAAGAAAUAAAUGUGCUUGAAAUGUGCAAUGCAUGUUUCACACCGUCUCCCCAAAAAA